UUUCUUAAAACAAAUGGACAAUGUUUAAAUCUCUUGUUAAUUCCAUCUUCCAUAUUAUAUACGACUAACUAUGGUUUAGGUUUUUCUCAGUUUCGAGCACUGUCAGACCAGUUUUAUCGUACUCCAGAGCAUCACAAAUUUGUCAGACAACAAAUUGUAAAUCAGCUUAGGUCUUGCCCAGAGAUAUACGAAGGAUAUGUACCUAUGGCUUACGACCAAUAUCUGGCAAAAAUGUCCAAGAACGGAGAGUGGGGAGAUCACGUCACUUUACAAGCUGCUGCUGAUUCUUAUGGCAUAAAAAUAUUUGUCAUUACAUCGUUUAAGGAUACCUGUUACAUUGAGAUUCUGCCAAGCAUUCAAAAGUCCGAACGAGUUAUUUCUCUGAGCUUUUGGGCUGAGGUUCAUUACAACUCGAUAUAUCCCGAAGGAGAUUGCCCAACAUUUCGGACAAAAAAGAAGAAGCGAUGGCAGGCUGCUCAACACGAACACGUGGAAUUACCAGACGACUAUAAUUAAUUAAUUAAAGAACGGUCACUUGUAUGCAGGGAUGCACCGCCAAAUCUUCAUCAUACUCCAAAAGUGUCGAUUAUUUUCUCAACUGGUGAAACUAUAUCUGAUUCUUUCCGAAUGAAAUAAAUCUCGAAACACGAAAUAUUUAUCCUCCAUUUUUUUGCUCUCAUCGUUGUCCAGAACAUUAAUUAUGUAUGCCUCUUCGGAAAAUCUUUCAGAUUGUUUUGAUCCAUGAAAAAACUAUUUACUGUGUUAUUGAGGCUGCUGCCUUGGUUACCGUAAAUCACGGCCCGUUUUUUGCCA